AUGCACAGAAUUCAAAGUGAUACUCCUUAUGACCUGGAACACUUUACUCUCAACUUUGACCACUUCCUGAUUGUGAGUAAUGAAGUUGGACUAACAGAUAUCUACAAAUGGGAUGGCGUGAAUUUUGUUAAAUUUCAAGAGGUUGCUGGAGGUUUGUCUGAAUGGAGUUCAAUUGCAGUUGGUAGCUGUGGGAAUGAAGUUCUGUUGGUAGUAUCCACUAACAAAUCGUUGGACAUUUACACCUAUACAGAUAAUCAAUUUAAAGUUCUGAAAUCCAUCGGAACUAAUUCUUUAUCUCUGGGUUUGAGACUAUUCACUAUGGAUGAUAGUUACACAUAUCUAGCAGUGACAGAUCAGUCUGGUCAACCCACAAGACGAAUAUUUCAAAUUGAUGCAAAGGUUGUUGAUGUGUCGAACCCAGUUGAAGUACAAUAUACAAUGCUAGAGAAAGAACUUGAAAUAUUACAUGUUAAUUUGACAGAGUAUAGAGACAAUAUGGACAUUUUGCAAGGCGACUUCAAUGACAGUGUGACAAUUGCUGGAAAACAAAAUAUUACAGGGGAUAAAACAUUCAACACUCUCACCAUAGAAUCUAUCCUGACUGCCAAUAAUGUGGAAGUUCUUGGUGAAUUGGAUCUCGACUCUGCUGUUGAAAGUGUGUAUACUGGGAACCAUAUUUCAUUCCCCGAAAUCCUUGCCAAUUUGAGUACGAGUCAAAAGGAUGUGGCCAAUUUAGAACUUGAAAUGGAAGAUGCUGUAUUUGUAGACACUGAUCAAAACAUCACUGCAUUGAAGAACUUUACAGACUUAACGGUUAAUAAUUUCACAACUUUACAUGCAAGUAUUGAUAAUGUGAAUGGAGUGGAUUUGGUGUAUUUAGAUGAUUGGGCUGCCAGGACAUCAGAAGAAGUUGACAUGUUUGGAUUAAUAACAUUCUCUCAGAAGGUUUAUAUCUAUGCUGAUGUGUUUAUAAAAAAUGGUUUAGUCAAUGGUGUCGAUUUCUCUGAGGAAGUUGUAUUUACAGACACAUCAAGCUCUAUUGCAGGUGUUAAAGUAUUUGGUCCAGAGUCGACUUUGACAAUAGAGGGUGAUGCAGACUUUUCAGCCAACAUUGAAGUAAAUGGUAUUGACAUUUCAGAGGAGGCUGUCACAUUGCAUGGUCACCAUACAAUUACAGGCUUCAAAAUAUUUGAAUUUGUCGAGACCUAUGGUGAUGUGAAAGUAAAUGGAACGGUUGAUGGAGAGCAGCUAUUUGAAGUUUGGUUAUACACAAUGCAUACACACUAUAAUGAAUGGGUUAAUGCUACAAUAACUUUUAUGCAACCUGUAACAGUUUAUAGUAAUAUCUUUAUAACUGGAUUGGUAAAUGAUGUAGAUCUCUCUGAAAUGGAUAAAUUGGCAGCCAAGAUUAACGAAAAUGUGGAGAUGAAUGCUACCUUACAGUUCGAAGGUUUAUUGACAGUCUUGGGUGAUGUAGUGGUGGAUGGUACAAUUGAUGAGGCUAAUGUUCCACAGGAUCUUCUCAUGCUUAAUGGUGAUCAAGUUAUUACUGGAAUAAAAACCUUCAGUGAUGAACUGGUUGUACUAGGUGAUAUUUUUGUCGAGGGUUAUGUUGAUGGUCUCGACCUAUCUGAAGAAGUUGUUACAUUAUUUGGUACUGAGGUUAUCUAUGGGGAGAAGACGUUUACUGAUCCUUUAGUAUCUCGUGGCAAUAUCAUUGUGAGUGGUACAGUAGAUGAUAUUGAUCUAUCUGAAUUACAAAAAGAGGUAGUCACUUUAACAACGAAUCAGAGUAUUCCAUAUGAAGUGGUGUUUUUGGAUGAUGUUGUUGUGGAACAUGACCUUACAGCGCUGGGUGGUGUCCCCGGAUUUAGUCCAGAAAUAGUAUCUGAUGGUGUGAUGAAAAACAGUACGGAACCUCAAGUGAUUACCGGAAAAAAAACGUUUGUUUUGAAUGCAACACUGGUUGAUGGUUACGUUGAUGUGCAAGGACCUUUGAAUGGGAAGAACUUUUCAAUUGACUUUCUAAAUAAUGUGGAUGAUCAACUUAUUACAGCUUCAAAAACGUUCAUGAAUGGAUUUACCACAACUGAACUUAAUGUCACAGGAUUAAUUGAUAGUGUGAAUGUGACCACAUUAUUGGAAGAAAUGGCGCAUUUAACUGGAGAGGAAGAAAUCAAUGGACACAAGACAAUUUCUGGAGAUGUCAAUGUUAUUGGGAAUGUUACUGUUAAAGGAACUGUAGACACGGUAGAUCUGUCCGAGGAUCUUAUGAUGGUUAACAAAGAUCAAAAUGUUACUGAUAUCCUAAAUUUCAAUAGUCUUGUGGUGGAAGAAUCAUUGACUGUAGAGGGCAGUAUGUAUGUUGAAAAAGACAUUAAUGGUAUCAAACUAGAGUUGCUAGAUGCUAACAGGGUUACGCUGUCUACUGAUCAGACUUUAUCUGGGGAAUAUCUACUCUUGGAUUCUGCCUACAUUGAAGGAAAUGUUAGUGUUGAUGGUCAAAUCAAUAAUAUCACACUACCAGAUUUUGCUUGUGAAGUGAUGUCAACGACGAAAGAUCAAAAUGUUGUAGGAUAUAAAGAAUUCGCAGUUGUGAAUAUUGAUGGUGAUCUAGUAACUGAUUAUGUUGAUUCUUGCCGUUUAUCUUUGGUCCAUGGUGAUGCUAUGUUUAUUAAUGGUAACCAAACUGUCACUGGCAGAAAGAAUUUUACUAAUAACCUAAAUAUUGAGAAUGACAUGCAAGUGAGUGGGACUGUAGAUGGUGUCAAUCUGACCUUUUUGAAUGACGAUGUGGUGAGAAAUACUGGAUCCCAAACUGUUCUUGCAAAUAAGACCUUCAAUGAUGGAUUUGGUGUAAAUGGAGAUGUAACGGUGAUGCAUGAAGUCAAUUAUAUCGAUAUAAAUGAAAGAGUUCUUCAGAAAUCAGCCGUGCAAACAAUCACUGGUAAUUAUACUUUCCUCAAUGUCAGUGUUAACGCAGACAUAGUAAUUAAUGGCAAGGUGAAUGGAACUGAUAUCUCAGAGUUGAACAGUGAAGUUAUGAAAACAGACCUCUCACAAACAGUACUCGGAGACAUUACAUUUAUGAGUGAUACCCACAUUGAUAACUUGAAUAUUACUGGUGCCAUUAAUGGUGUUAAUAUUACUGAUUUGUAUGAUGAUGCCGUUUUCCUACAUGAAAAUACUACUAUUCCUGGAAAUAUUGCAUUCACUGGAUUGAAUCAUUUUGAUUCUUCGAUGACUGUGACUGGCUAUAUCAAUGACAGGGAUUUGGAACAUUUCUAUAAAAAUGUGGUAUGGCUUGACGAGUUAGAUGGAUUGGGAACUAAACAGAAUGUAACUGGAAAUAAGAGGUUUUUAGGCAAUCUGAGAAUAGCCCAUGAUAUGUACGUUUAUGGCAAUCUGACAGUUGAUGGAAGGGUGGAUGGUGUCGAUUUCGCGCACACAGUUGAUGAUGUCAUCUACUUGAAUGGUAUGAACAACAAAACAUUACAGGAGANAAAGUCUUCAAGAAUACUCUGCAUGUGAUUGGUGACAUUGUUAUAGAUGGUAAAGUAAAUGGUGUUGAUGUAUCUGAAGAAGUUGUCACAUUAGAUGGAAACCAAAAUAUCAGUGGUACACCAAUAUUUAGUAAUGAUGUAAAAGUUCAUGGCGAUAUUGUUAUUACAGGAUUGGUGAAUCUGGUUGAUGUAUCAGUCUCUGAUGCAGACACUAUGACCAUAUCUGGUACUCAGACUGUAACUGCAAAGACGUUUAUGCAAGACCUUUCAAUGUUGUCAGAUUUAACGGUUGGUGGUGAAAUAAAUGGUGUCGAUUUUGAUCUAGAGGCAUGUACAUUGAACACAGUGCAGAAUAUAAGUGGUAUCAAAAGCUUCACGGAGUUAGCUACCAUACAUGGUGAAAUAGAAGCAUUUCAGAACGUGUCCGGACUUGAUAUUGUCCAGCUGAAUAAUGAUCGUGUGAAAUUGAACAGUGAUGUCAACAUUACUGGAGUAAUUAAAUUU